CGAGGUUGUCCGGAUGAUUCUUAGUGGUGCACCUCCGUCACAUGUGAAAGCUCAGCGUGGUUUAGAUAUCUGUGCGGUUGUUUUGAAUUCGAGUAUAGCCGUUUCUCUCUGACAGUGUGUGAACAUGAAGCUCCUCACACACAACAUGUUGACCUCUCACGUGAAGGGAGUCACUAAGGGAUACCCGCUGCUCAUUAAGGCCACUGAAGUAAAAGUCAAUCAGCUGGACUUCAACCCUCAGUUUGUGAGCCGGAUGAUUCCCAAACUAGAGUGGGGAGCUCUCGUCCAGGCUGCAGAGGAUUUGGGUUAUCGACAGGACCUGCCUGGUGAACUUAUUGCAGAUUACGAGCAAAAUGAAGAGUUCCUGAAGAAAGUACACAGAGUGCUGUUGGAGGUGGAGGUGAUGGAGGGAUGUCUAAAGUGUCCUGAAUCAGGACGGGAGUUCCCGAUCACCAAAGGAAUCCCCAACAUGCUGCUGAACGAGGAUGAUGCCUAAGAUCUCUGUAUCUGCAGACCAAACCUUUCCCCCCGUUAAGACUGUGUGCAGAGAAACAGACCACUCUGUUAUUAGUUGAUAGUGCUUUUAGCAUUUCAAGUGUCAGAUACCCAAAGAGAUGCUGAAAAAACCCAUCUGGAAAUGUUUGAACAAAGUGAACCCUUUUUGAUUUUAUCUGUAUUUAUUUUUAUAACUUGUUUUUCUUAAUAAAACUGUCCAGAUUUUCCUCACAGCUGC